GCGUCGUUCGGACCGCGCGCGCGCGUCACGCCAGGCCUCAGGCGGGCGAGGGUAAGGGGGAAGGCGCGAUGGAGGAGCACCCGGUGAGCCAGUUCUUCAGCGGCGCCUGCGUGCUGGUGACGGGAGCCACCGGCUUCGUGGGCAAGGCGCUGGUGGAGAAGCUGCUGCGCUGCUGCCCGGGGCUGGCCGCCGUCUACCUGCUGGUCCGACCCAAGAGGGGCGUCGACGUGGCGGCGAGGCACGCCCGCCUGCUGCAGCACCACGUGUUCGACCGCGUGCGGCGCGAGUGCCCGCAGGCGCUGGGCAAGGUGUGCAGCGUGCGCGGCGACGUGGCGCUGCCGGGGCUGUGGCUGGACGAGCCGGACCGCCGCGAGCUGUGCGCGCGCGUCACCGUCGUCUUCCACGCCGCCGCCACCGUCAAGUUCGACGAGUCGCUGCGGGUCGCCGCCAACCUCAACACGGCCGGCACGCAGCGCGUGCUCGAGCUCUGCCGCGGCAUGGACAAGCUGCAGGCCUUCGUGCACGUGUCGACGGCCUUCUCGAACGCGGACCGCGCCGAGGUGGGCGAGCGCGUGUACCCGCCGCCGGCGGACCCGCGCGGCGUCGCCAGCUGCUGCGAGGCGCUGCCCGAAGCGGCGCUGGACCAGGCGGCGGCCGCGCUGCGCGGAGCGCACCCCAACACCUACACGGCCACCAAGGCCAUGGCCGAGUGGCUGGUGGCGCGCCACUCGGGUGGCGUGCCGGCCGCCAUCGUGCGGCCCUCCAUCGUGACGGCGGCGUGGCGCGAGCCGGCCCCGGGCUGGCUCGACAACCCGGGCGGCAUCACUGGCGUCGUGGCCGAGAUGGCGCGCGGCACGGUGCGCGUGCUGCUGGGAGACGUCCGCCUCGUCGUCGACCUGGUGCCCGUCGACGUGGUCGUGAACGCCUUGCUGGCCGUCGCCUGGCGCACCGCCACCUCCAGGCCGAGCGAGGUGCGCGUGUACAACUGCACGUCCGGGUCGCUGCGGCCGGUGACCUGGGGCGCGCUCAGCGGCCUGAUCGCCGAGCACGCGCGCGCCCUGCCGUCGGCGCGCUGCUGCUGGUACCCGGGCUUCCGCUACACCACCAGCCGCGCGCUGUUCGCGCUGCUCGAGCUGCUGCUGCACUUCCUGCCCGCCUUCGUGGUGGACCUGGUGCGGCGCGCGGCGGGGUCGCGCCCCGUGAUGCUGGGGCUGGCGCGCCGCUUCCACAAGUCGACGCGGAACGGCAGCUACUUCACGCUGCGCGAGUGGAAGUUCCACGGAGACAACCUGCGGGCGCUGGCGGCCGCCUUGCCCUCGCCCGACGCCGCGGAGGGCGCCUUCUUCUUCGCCACCGACGUGUCGCGCAUCGACUGGGACCAGUACGUGCGCUCCUACGUGCUCGGCAUCCGCCGGCACAUCCUGGGCGAGCCCGACGACUCCCUUCCCGAGGCCCGCGCGAGGCUGCGCAGGCUGCGCUGGCUGGACCGCGCCGUCAGGGCGCUGGCGGCCGCGGCGGCGCUGCGCGUCGUGCACGUCACGUGCCUGCGGCGGGACGCGCCAAUCAGGCGCCUGCUCGCCCGCCUCGGGCCGGCGUGA